UCCCUCUGAGUCACUCUCCCCACCACCACCAGACCCUAAAUUCUAGGUAGAGAUUUAGGGGCCACCCUAGGCCAUCCUUCACCCCUCUGGUGGCAUCAUGCUUACAUAUCGGGCUGCAAACCACAAGGUCAGCAGUUCAAAACCACCAGCCACUUCACAGCAGAAAGAUGAGGCUUUCUAUUCCCAUGAAGAGUUAAGGUCUUGGAAGCCCACAGGGGCCGUUCUACCUGGCCCAAGGGGGCCGCUGGGAGUCGGAACAGACUUAAUCACUGUGAGCAGGGUUUUUGGUUUGGGGUGUAGUCAGAGGCUGAUCACCCCAGCAGUGUACCUGCCUCAGGAGCACCCUGCAGGGCCUCUCUUCUCUACAGCCUUACCCCAACCCCAACCUCACCCCGAGGCAGGACAAGACACCCAGAAAUUUCUGAUGACCAGCUGAGACUCGAGCCCUUCAGGGUCCUCCCCAAGACAGAGCCUGGCUCCCAUUGGCUGCAAGACCCAUGGGCACUUUGGACACAACUGGGCCGUUCACAUCACUUUACAAAGGAGGGAAGUACAGAGCCCCAGGCGCUUCCUUCUGUAUUUCUGCAGAUGUAGAGCGCAAGAAGAGCCCAGUGUGCAGCUUCGUGACCCCCCUGCAAGGGUCUGAGGCUGACGAGCACCGGAAACCCCAGGCUGUCGUCCUGGAGGGGAGUUACUGGAAGCGGCGUAUUGAGGUGGUGAUGCGCGAGUACCACAAGUGGCGCAUCUACUACAAGAAGCGGCUCCGCAAGUCCAGCAGGGAAGGUGACCUCCUGGCCCCUAAGCAGGCGGAGGGGGGCUGGCAGCAGCCAGAGCUAUGGUGCCAGCAGCUCUUCUCCAGCGUGGUGCCCGUGCUGCUGGGGGACCCAGAGGAGGAACCCAGGGGGCUCCUGAACCUCGACUGCUUCCUGUCCGACAUCUCUGAUACCCUCUUCACCAUGACCCAGCCCGGCCCCCCACCCCUGCCGCUGCCCCCCGACGAUGCCUACGCUGGCAACGCCGACAUGAUCCAGCCGGACCUGACACCGCUGCAGCCCAGCCUGGAUGACUUCAUGGAGAUCUCAGAUUUCUUCACCAACUACCGCCCUCCACAGCCGCCCAUGCCUCUACACUUCCCGGAGCCCCCCAGCUUCAACCCCAUGGCCGACUCCCUCUUCAGCAGUGGGAUCCUGAGCCCAGACGUGCCUCCCACUCCCCCGUCGUCGGGCCUGACCCACCUCUCAGGCAACUGCCUGCAGGUGCAGAACAGCUGCCCUAGCCCCUUGGACUCCAGUGCCUACCUGAGCCCUGAUUUCCUCCUUCCUGAAGACCACAAGCCCAAGCUCCCAUCCCCACCUUCACCCCCAUCCUACCCACUCCCCUACUCGGCUGCAGUCAAGGUGCCAGGCCUGGAGCCCUACCCUCCACCCCACUACCCUCCCAUGGCUCCACCCCCUACACUGCUUCCAGAAGAGCCCCUCUUCUCUCCCAGGUUUCCAUUCUCCGUGGCCCCUUCUGUCACAGGCUUGCCCACCCUCUCCCCUUCCCCCACUUUCCUGCCCAGCUCCAAGCCAGACUCAGGCCCUGCCCCAGCCCCGUUCCCUAUAGACCUGCUACCCUCCAGGUAUCCCGAGCCUGCUUUGGGGACUGCUUUUGCCAUGCCCCGGGGCAUCCGACCCAGGGGCAAGCCCCCCACCCCAUGCCCUCGAGUGCGGAAGCCCAGCCCCACCACUUUGGUCCCAGCCACGGCCAGCCCUACUGCCACCAGUGGAGGCCCCAACCCCUGCCUCACCCAGCUACUGACAGCAGCAAAGCCUGAGCAAGCUCUGGACCCACCACGCAUGUCCAGCAGCCUCCUCCUGCCCACAGGGUCCCCGCAGGAGACACUCCCCGAGUUCCCCUGUACCUUCUUGCCCCCAAUUCGGACUCCCACCCCGCCCCGGCCAUCUCUGGGCCCAGCCACCCCGGCCCCUCCCGGGCCCCUGAUUGUCCCCAAAGCGGAGCGGCUCUCCCCACCAGCACCCAGUGGUGGUGAACGGCGGCUCUCUGGGGAGCUUGGCUCCAUCCCAGGCCCAAGCAUCUGCGUCUCUCCAUCUCCACCCACCCUCAGCCGGGGGCGUCCUGACAGCAGCAAGGUGGGCGCCCUCCUCCGACCCCAAGAGCCCUUUGCCGCCCCCAAGCUCACCCUGGGCUCAGGCUCAUCGCCCGACCUGGUCUCCCCCAAGUCGGAGAGCCGGCGUGUCACACACAUCUCCGCGGAGCAGAAGCGGCGCUUCAACAUCAAGCUGGGCUUCGACACCUUGCAUGGGCUGGUGAGCACGCUCAGUAUGCAGCCCAGCAUCAAGGUCAGCAAAGCCACCACGCUGCAGAAGACGGCUGAGUACAUAGCCAUGCUGCAGCAGGAGCGGGCGGUGCUGCAGGAGGAGGCCCAGCAGCUGCGAGACCAGAUCGAGGAACUGAAUGCCGCCAUUAACCAAUGCCAGCAGCAGCUGCCCGCCACCGGAGUGCCGAUCACACACCAGCGCUUCGACCAGAUGAGGGACAUGUUUGACAACUACGUCCGCACCCGCACGCUGCACAACUGGAAGUUCUGGGUGUUCAGCAUCCUCAUCCGGCCUCUGUUCGAAUCUUUCAACGGGAUGGUGUCCACGGCUAGUCUGCAGAGUCUCCGCCAGACCUCGCUGGCCUGGCUGGACCAGCACUGCUCCCUGCCCACGCUCCGACCAACGGUCCUGAGCGCUCUCCGCCAGCUGAGCACGUCUACCUGUAUCCUCACUGAGCCAGGCCGCAUACCUGAGCAGGCCACGAAGGCGGUCACAGAAGGCAGCCUGGGCAAACCUGUAUAGUGCUGGCCGUGCCUUUCCCUCAGCUGCCCUGGCUGUAGGAUCCGAGGACAACUGCCUGCAUCGGGCCUGGUGGUCUCCUCCCUGAGGAUGCAGUCUGGCCCCACCACCCAGUCUCCUCCCACCACAGAGCUGAGUCUGCCCCCUGUCCCACCGCUCACACUGGGACCCUGGACCGCUCAGGCGGCCCAUGGGAGAAGGGAAGCUUCAACCAGAAGAUGGUCUUCAUCCUGUCCAGCUGGGACACUGGGGCAAGACUGGCACCUCAGGGAGCUUGGAGCAGGGAUAGGAUGCCGUUUCUCCCAUGGGCAGGAGUCCAGGCGGGGCUGCAGGAUGGCUUCCCGGGGACUGGGGUGGGUGUCCUGUGUGAGCUUGGGUGUGGUGAUUGUGUGUGUGGCUGUGUGUGUGUGUUUUGUAAAAGUU